AUGGCGGCCGUCACGUAUGAGUACAUGAACCCCAACUACAAGGAGACGCUCGACCGCGAGUGGUGGGUGACGUCUUAUCAGCUCAUGCCCGACCCCGAGUACCUGGAGAAGAUCAAGAACAAGGACCCGUCAGUGACCGAGGUGGACGCAAGCUGCCGGCAGCUGCAGGGCUCCAGGCGCGCACCGCCUCGCCGCGCGUGUGCCCAGAUGAUUGAGAUCCUCUCGGAGAUGAUGGCGGGCAACCCGCACAUCACCGCGAUCGACCUGCGCGGCAACGGCUUCGACGCCGACGGCCUCUAUGCCCUCGUCCAGGCGCUCAAGACGAUGCCCAAG